AUAUUUAGUUGUACGGAUUCUAUACUGAACGCAGCAGUCUCAAUACAUCAGUUAAUAUAUUCAUAUGUCUUGAAGGAUUUCACAGAUUGGUGUACACUGGAGUUAUAAUACCUAUUCGGAACUACAGCUUACUAGUUGGACCUCUACUACUCCAGGGAACAGGGGUUCAUAAAUGGGAUUUCCCCCUUUUUGUUACUUUUUACCAAAAAUUCAUUUUUUUACCAAUUCAGCAAUAUGAAGCUUUAAACAUUUCUAACACUCUGGGUACGUGGAUCUAACAGUUCAGAACUUUGACUUUUGAUCACAAUGAAACUUGUUCGCCUUUUCUAUCUGCAUAUGCGGCGUUGUAAAUGAAAAGACAACUCAUUAAUUGUUGAAUUAUUGACCAUUACGGGAUUGAAUUUAAAUUUUUUUAAAAAAUAUACUCCUGGCAGGGAACUCUGGAUCAUGAAACUUCAUGUCAUAUUCUGCUCAUCUCAGUUCUCUAUGUAAAUUUGGGUAACCUGAUCUACAACUGUAUGGCAGCAGCAACAAGAUGUUUACUCAUUAGGACAAGUCUGGAUGUAAAUAUUGGACUUCGCUACAACAAAGCAUCCUUUGCACUCAAAUGCUCGGCUUGGGCAGAACUCAUCCUGCUGAGUCUUUGUCUGACGUAUAAUUCUUCUGAAGGGAUUCUGUAUCACACUUGCAUGGGUCACACAGAGAUCCCUGAAAAAGAUGUCGGCAUUGGCUUUACUUGGGUUGUUGGUAGUCUUUUCAAUAUUACAAGCAUUGUGUCCUAUCUCAGCUUAACUAAAUCUCAUCUAAAAGUUCUUGACUUAGUUAAUCUUGAUUUAGCUGACGAGGUAGCUGCAUCAAGAAAGCGAAACUUACUCCCGGCUAAAAUUGAGGCUCGACAGUUUGGAGUCUCAUUGCUGAUGGAUUUAAUCCAUUGUGUUGGUACACCAGCCCUCAUACUCUACAGUUCAACGGAACUAAAGAAGAAAGCUAAAAGAAUCAUGGGACUUCAAGAUUAA